UCAAAUUACCAAAAGUCUAUGGCGAAUUUAAAUUUUCUCUUGUUCUGGCUGCGCAUGUUGCUGUGACUUUUCUUAACGCGAUUUUGUGCAUUUCCAUUUCCAUUUCCAUUUCCAAAGUUGAAACUAUCAAACUUCAAACCAACCAAGCCUCUUAAAUUUGUGUCCUUUCUCUUCUUCUUCCUUCAAUUCAAUACAUUCAUAAUCACACCAGGUGGGAGUAUACACAAGAUCAUUGUUUUUUUAAGGUAGAGACUAGAGAGAGAGAGAGAGAGAGAGAUAAUGGUUGGUUCAAAGAAAUCACCUUUGAAAUAUGCUAAGCCUAGCUCAGUUGACCCUGUCUCUAAGCAUAAAAACCCCUUUGAUUCUGAUGAAGAGACAAAAGAUAACAAAAAACAUGUUUCUGGACAUGGUCUAGUUUCAAGAGAGAGUAACACCAACCCCUUUGAUGAUGAUUAUGCCAGUGGCCACUCUUCAUCAUCUUCUUAUGCUGUUUCAUCAGCCAAUAAUCCAAACAGGUACAAGAAUGGUUUCCGCGAUUCUGGGGGGUUGGAGAGUCAAUCAGUGCAGGAGUUGGAGAACUAUGCCGUGUACAAAUCUGAAGAGACUACAAAGUCAGUAAACAACUGUUUGAAGAUAGCUGAGGAAAUAAGAGAGGAUGCUACCAAUACAUUAGUGAUGCUGCAUCAGCAAGGCGAGCAGAUUACAAGGAGUCACGAUGUUGCUGCUGAUAUUGAUCAUGAUCUAAGUCGGGGAGAAAAGCUUUUGGGAAGUCUUGGAGGCAUGUUCUCCAGAACUUGGAAACCAAAGAAGACAGGCACAAUAACUGGCCCUGUUAUUUUUGGAGCUGAUCCAGUCAGAAGAAAUGGCAACCACUCGGAGCAGAGAGAGAAGUUAGGAUUGACUUCUUCAGCUCCUAAAGGGCAGUCAAAGCCGCGGAAAUCACUUUCUGAGCCAACAAAUGCAUUUGAAAAAGUUGAGGUUGAAAAAGGGAAGCAAGAUGAUGCAUUGUCAGAUAUUAGUGAUCUCUUAGGAGAAUUGAAGGGCAUGGCCAUGGACAUGGGAUCUGAAAUUGACAGGCAUAUCAACGCCAUGGAUGGUUUUGACAAAGAUGUUGAGAAGCUGAGUAUCCGUAUGAAUGGUGCUAAUCAACGCGGUCGUCAUUUACUUGGAAAAGCACACAGAUCAUGAGAUUUGAUUCCAACUUUUGCUAUUUCAUUCCUUCCCCCUGCACACACAUGCUUGUUUAUUAAAUUGAGGGGGCAUUGAGCUUUCUGGAAAACUAGCUUCAGAUAUUAUAAUGUACCAGCUUGUGAAUUUUGUUUCUGAAAUAUAGUAUUGAUUUGAGAUUGUUUAUGAGCAAA